CCCAGACAAGAGCACGCAACGCAAGCAACUGCGACGUCUCCCGCCCCCGCCGCGCCCCGGACCUUUUCCGCAGAUAUUUUUUUUAUCCCCCCACGCCCCCGGCUCGUUCCCUUCCAUUCCACCACCUCUCGCCAGACAACGAGAUGUGCGAGGCACCGCGGCUCGGCAACCGCGCCGGCGCCGGCGACCCGGCCGCCGCCGACGUCGACGUCGUCACGACGGGCGGGCGCCGGAGGAUCCCCGCGCAUUCCUCUGUCCUGGCCUCGGCGUCGCCGGUGCUCGGCAGCAUCCUGGAGCGUCGCCUGCGGAAGGACAGGGAGAGCGGCAAGCCCGGGCGGUCCGUCGUCCGGAUCCGCGGCGUCACCGACGACGCCGCCGCGGCCUUCGUCCGCCUCCUCUACGCCGGCAGGUGCGGCGAGGAUGAGGAUGACGACAUGGAGGAGCACGCGGUGCAGGUGCUGGUGCUGGCGCACGCGUACCAGGUGCCGUGGCUGAAGCGGGCGUGCGAGGGCGCCAUCGGCGCGCGCCUCACCGCGGACUCGGUGGUGGACGUGCUGCAGCUGGCCGGCCUCUGCGACGCGCCGCGCCUGCACCUGCGCUGCGCCAGGCUGCUGGCCAAGGAGUUCGCGGCCGUGGAGCGCACCGAGGCCUGGCGCUUCCUGCAGGAGAACGACCCCUGGCAGGAGCUCCACGUCCUGCAGCGCCUGCACGAGGCCGACAUGCGGCGGCGCAAGUGGCGGCGGAAGCGCGCGGAGCAGCGCGUGUACAUGGAGCUGAGCGAGGCCAUGGACUGCCUGGACCACAUCUGCACGGAGGGAUGCACGGAGGUCGGCCCGGCGGGGCGGGCGCCGGCGCCGGCGCCGUGCGCGCGCUACGCCACGUGCCGGGGCCUGCAGCUGCUCAUCCGCCACUUCUCCCAGUGCCACCGCAAGAGCUGCGCGCGGUGCCAGCGCAUGUGGCAGCUGCUCCGCCUCCACUCCGCGCUCUGCGACCGUACCGACCGCUGCAACACCCCGCUCUGCAUGAGGUUUAAGCAGCAGGAGCAGGAUAAGGCGGCUGCCAAGGGCGGCGAUGAUGGCGACAAAUGGGGGCUUCUGGUGAAGAAGGUGAAGACUGCCAGGGUCUUCUCUUCUCUGGCCAACAGGAAGCAGAUGAGCACCACCACCACCCAGUGCUGAGGAGCAGCCUGGGAUGCUUAGGGGUCAAAGUUAGAUUAGUGAGAGAGAAUGAAGCGAGCAGUUUUUUUUUGGGUCUGUUUUGAGAUGUCAGAUCUCUUUUGAGAUAUGUACAUGUACAUGCCUACUUUGUCACCCUACGUUGGUAUAGCUCUUUUAUCGAGGUGGGAGUUGGUCAGCCGGAAGUCUAUGUAAAAAGUGCGCAUGUAUCAUUAUAUAAUAAUAGGGAAAUAUGAGAAGUAUUUUAGUCUU